UCUCUUUAUAAUCCAUCUCAGAUAAGUAAUGGUAGUCUUGAUCAUCCCUAUCAUCUUCCUCUUCCCAGCCGUCUACGCGAAAACCAAAGAGAAUCAGAGAGCCGAAGGACCUCAAACAAAUAGCUGGUUGCGUUAAAGAGGCGUGGAUACUUGCAGGAGAUUGGAACACGUAUGCCGAUCCGACCGAGGCAGUCCAGGCAAAUGCAUGAAGUUGAAAAACAGGAUCGACGAAUGUAAGCUUCUCGACACACCACCCAGCCUAUGAAAUCCCUACCUACCAUUCCAAGACCCAAGUCUGUAAUUCCUACUGCCGUGCUCCAUUCGGAAAACAGGCCUUAGAACGCUAGUUACUCGACUGUGCCUUCAAGGAAGGUCUGGAACCUGAGAGGUGAGUUCUGAGAAGCCAACCGCAUUCAUUGGUUUUGAAAAAGAAGAAAGAAAGUAAAAAAGGCUUAAUUACUAAAUAUGGCUAUCUUUAACUACACCACUUUUUCCAACGUUGCUUUCCCUAGGACUUCGUUAUUCGCAAUUAGGAAGGGUGUAGAUGUACGCAGCUUCUCCUCAUGUUGUUGGCCGGAGUAAGGAAGAAAGCGUAGUAGUACAAUGCUGAACAUUCCGGAGCAAUGGAAGUUUAUCUUGCCGCUGUGUAAAGUGUCGCAUUCCCCUAUUCUUCGUCCGAUGCCGAAGCAUCUCCCUCUUAUUAGGGUAGGACCCCUGAAGAAAUUUCCAGAGAUAUACGAGAAGGCGCGAAGCGUGGAUGGAGUUUGCUUAGGGGAAAAGCAGUCCAACUAUGGGCUCAUACUAGUUUGGCAUUAACAUGCUUGGUAUUGGCAUCCCCCUGAAAGAAGGCUAGGCUUAUUCACCUACCUCUUCUUGCUGGAACGUGAGCUAUUGCUUUGGUCAACAACCAACGCUUGGAAAGUAAUAGUUCUAAGAAAGAGCAAACUGCUAAGCCUGAGAAGAAGAAUCAUAAAAAAUCAUAGAAUGCUAACAACCAGCUUCUUCCAGCUUUGUACAUCAUUUAUUGUAUCGUUUAUGGGUGCUUGUACAUCAUAAUAUCCUCUUCAUAUCUUUCCUUUCUCGAGUGAGUGGUGGGAUGGAUGUCCUACCACGAACGGAAGCUGACAGAGCAAUAUCUAUUCAUAUGCUUCGUAAUCCUUGAUUUCCCAAAGAUAAGAUUCCUUGCCAAGCCAAGACUCUUGAGUGGGAUAUUUCAACUACUUUAAAGCGAGGAGGUGAAUGAGCAAGCAAAAGGUAGGCUAGGCGGUCUCGCCCAUCCCAUGAUUGGUGGACUUCCUGCUAUUUCAGAGUAAGCAUCAGCAUCUCUUCCAUCUUGUUCUGGGCCAAGCAAACCAACUAUUUAGUCCAGGCACUCGUAUUGAAAUGGAAAACAUGCUUCUUUCUGCUAUCGACCAAUCCGGAUCCGAGAAUGAUCUGCCCCAUCGUUAUUAGUAAAUGUGGGGUGUAGUGCUGGAACCUUUAGUUCUGUGGGCGUACAAAGCAUGUGGCUUGUUUGACUUGACCUAUGGGAUGGGGGUACCAAUCUUCGUUGCAUUCAGGAUUGACCUGAGGAAUGGGCCGGAGUAUCAGAAUAGAUGUGCUUCGUGCGACUCGUUUCGACUAGCAUGAAAUCCGGAAUAACAAGAAACCCUUGUGCAAGUCGAUGAUUGAUUGCUUGAGAAACAGAAGUAUGACAUCUCUUUUUUCUCGUAUUACAACAACUAGGCUAUUCGGAUUGCUUUGCAUGCUAUUCUUCGAGUCGAAGCUUGUCCCACCUAAGUGCCGUGCUUCAUUCUCUGCGGCAAACCUCAAAUCACUCAAAUAAAAAUCAUAAUAACCGAGGCCCGAGGCUAGUCUUCAUUCUCGUAUCCCGAGGCGGCUUUCUCUAUCUUUAACCCGAGGCUAGUCUUCCUGGGGAGGAGUUUCUUGCCCGGUUCCUAGCUUUGGCUGGCAGGUUGAAAGUUGCGUAUUCAUUCAAUAGAAGCAGAUCCCUAAUCUCGAUUAGUAACCUUUGUAGGUCAUUGUUCUGUCAGGGUUUCGAGGGAUAGGGGCUGGCCGACCACCGGAUCAAGAGAAGCAUUAAGGAGAAGCAACUUAGAUUGAAGCUUUUCAGGUCGAUGACUUUAUAUCAAAAUUUAAUAUAACUUUUUAUGUUCGUCACAUUAGUAGUGACUCACUCCCUUACCCAAGUAAAGUCAUGAAAUACUUCUCUUUACUAGAUCCUGGAUCCUGGCUACUCUACUUACUAGAGCUAGAGCUCUACUCACUUCAGUAAGAACCUUCCUUCCGGUUGUCACAUUUCUAGCUAGUGAUAAAGAUCUCUUUCGAGUUCGGAGCAGGGAGGAUAGCGAAGCGAUUCAUACAUAGCCUUUCAAGGUAGUGGAACUGGCAAGUGUCUGGAUUGGAUGGACUUCCAUGCUUUGGCGGAACACUUCACUUAAUGAGUGAUGCCCAUUAUACUACAAACCUUUUUGAGAGAGGACUUUGCCAACUAGGAAGUCUGCUAUCCCAACCAAUCGACCAGGAUCGAGUGCACGAAUCGCUUGACCUAGUAUGAUAUAAAGUGCCUCCUUCGAGUGCAUCUAUAGAGCAUCCUUUCUGCAUCCUGCAUCUGCUUCAGGAAUGGAUCAAACUAGGUUGUCGGCGGAAGUAGUGGUAGUGGCAAGGUAUCCAUGGUUUUCGGUGGAAGUAGAGUAUCCACUUAAUCGUCUCCUGUAUCAUUCCUUUAGCUUGCGGAGGCCAGGUUGUAAAAACCAAUUAAUUGCUUUAGCAAAGAGUCUGGCUCGACUUCUUACCUUGAAAUCUGGAAACUUCCAUCUAGAUCGUCGUGGCAACUCCACUUCCCCACUCUUUCCGCUUUGAAGCGUUUCUCUUAAAGACAAAUGGGUUCUCUUUCUGUCUUCGUAUCCAGAAGCUAGAGAUAGGUUCGGUAGUAGGGCAUGGUUAAGUCCGUGUCAGAAUGAAGUCAGGGUUUCCGGGUGCCUUGUUGGAAUCUUACUCGUAAAAACGAGUGCCUUGUUGGAAUCUUGCUCGUCAAACUAGUAAUAUAUCGUAUUUAAACGUAUGCGAGGAUUGCUUUCUUCUUUCGUUCUCAAACUGAUCGAAUCAAUGGCCAGGAUAGGAAUGUUCCCUGAGAAGAGGGCAGGGCAGAGAAGAAGGCCGAGUAGAAAUACCUCCGAUCUCGAUUCCUUUCAUGUUUUGGUGCCGCUAGCCAUCAUUCCUCGUUUCUCGAGAAUCUCCGUUGAUGUCGUUUCCAGAGAAUGGCUUAAGUGUUGAACUUCUAAAAACCAUGGCCUUAUCCAAAUAAACUGGUGAAAGCACCAUCCUUAUCUAGAGAAAAUAAGUGACUUGAUUGACCCGUUUCCUUUCUGGGUCUGGUGAUGGUUUAGCUUCCGGUGUCCCAGGAUGUGGUAGUAUUUAUUGGUCCCCAACCAACCAUGCCUUGCGCCUAACUUGACUCUGCAGCCCUUGCUUCAAAGUAGCCAGCCGACGAAACCAAUGUUAGAGCCUGUAACUUAGGACAGAACAGCCUUGCCUUUCUUAAACAAAAGAGGGAACUGCCUUUCCUUUCUCAAACAAACCUGUACUGGGUGAAUGAAAAAAAGGAAAUAGCUGGUUACUUUUGAGAGUACAGCUGCCGAAACAGCUUCUUCCUGUAGGCGUUAGCCGAUUUAGUAUCAGAGGAGUACCUGUGAAGUAAAACUUUUGUCUGUAGCUCAACAAGUUCCGUUUUCUUGUAAUAAUAGAAGUUCAGUGCGGAACAAGAUAAGUUUUUCCUUUACAAUGUUUUUUAUUACCAUACUACAGUACAACAGUAAGUUCUUUCUUCUGACCAGAGCCAGCGCUUUAACUAGUUCUACUCUCCCAGCCAGCUAUCCUUCUUCAAACUAGAGAGAGAGCUAUCCAUAUUCCUAUUCCUGUGACCUAUCCUUAUAUCUCGAGCACUACUUCUAUCACCGAUUUCUUACUUCUCUCCCAACUUUGCCUAACAACCCGAAUCUCUUUCCUGUAGCUAGUCGCUGAUAGUCAGUCUAUCUCCUUUCCUUGCAAACUCUCUAAGCUUUAGGUAGUUCGCCGUGCGAUGGGCCUGAGGAUCUAUUCCAAAGGGUGAUGGGUCGUGGGUACGACUCUUCAGAAGGCGCUUUUGCCAACCACCGAGCACCAACAAAUGAAGAGAGUUACCACAAGUAUGAGACCACUGAAACUACUUCGCCUGCUUUGAAUCAGAGCAAACUGCUUUUAAGUAUAAGACCACCAAUCUAGUACGCAACCAUUGCCUAUUAUGCCAUCCAUAUUGUUGACUUUCACAGACCCACUAUGACUGCCUACGCCCAUAUAGAUAGAGAAAAGUUCACCUAAGGAUAAUAAAACGUUUGAGGAAGGUUACCGCUUACGAUAUACCUAUAUAUAGAUAGUGUAGUGUUGUAGUGUGUUAAGUAGAUCGGUCCCAUAUAAAGUUGCAAUGUAUCUGCAAUGAGUUCAUCUACUCCGGGGUGUUCUCCGCACUUCUCAAGAAAGAAAUAGUUGGAAAUUCCCCGGAUCGUCUGCGCUUGGCUUGGUAUUCUUAUACUGAAUCGCUGUUGGAUAAAAGAAAGCAUAAAGUUUUUAAGCCUGCGUUCUCGUUGGCGAAACCACUAGGAGGCAACCAUGAAAGCGGUUUCUAUGUUUCGAUCGAACCAACACAGCUUUACGCUUCUUUCCAACUCUACCCACGCUUCGGGUUCGCACUUACUUUACGCCUUACCGAACUUGGGCUUAGUUCAGCCAGCUUCGUAACAUGCCUGCUCAAAGUGAGUAGUUGGAAGUUCCUGUAAGCAUCUUCCCAUGAAUUGACGUAUAUAAGCGUAGUUAUCAGGUACGCCGUGAGCUGGAUUCUAUCCCCGAGGAUAGAGAUUGAUGGGUAAUAGUUUUGAUAGAAAACUCGUAUGUUAAGUUCUCUAGUUGAUGUGAUGCGGCUCGAUUCAUCAUUGCUCUCACAUCAAUGUUUUCGGUUCCCUUUUUACUCUCCCAUUUUCAUAGAGAAAGAUGUUCUGAUUCAGUUCUCUCUGAAAAGGAGGGGCCCUUAGGGACACAGUAGUACCAUUUCCAUUGUGCGAAAGGUCGUGUCCUGGUAGCCUCUCUGCUGUAGACGGUCUCAUUGGUAAAUUCUUCCAUUUCUGAAAUUGUCAAAUCGAGAUUGUGUGGGUGUUCAGUCUACUCUACCGCUCAUGAAAAGAUUUCGUUGGGUAGAACCAAGUCUCUUUUGGGAGCAGAUUGUAUUUGAUUUUAUAUAGUUACUCCAUGAUGAUGAUGACUAGAUGGAGUUCCACUGAUAUGAAGAGAAGAAAUAGAAUAUUGGCUAAUAUGGUGCCAAUUCGUAAUUUAAGUUUACCUGAUUAUUAUGAAUAUGAAGAAGAAUACCCUCCAGUUUCAAGAGAGGCAACCAGAGGGGUCUGUAUACUCCUACGAAUAGACAGAUAUUUAUCUUCAAUUGGAAGGAGCAUUCAAGACCGUGAGGUUCUACGCGAUUUCCGCCAACGGUUACUCUUUCCCCAACGCGAGGCUGGGCACAGCUUUUCCGAAAUAUAUGAUGAUAUACGAGCGCAUGGGGUAGAAGCAAGUCGAUUGGGUCAGCCUCUAAGAGAUCUGUACGAUGAGAUGGAAAGGAACGGCGAGAUAGUAAAUAACGGCUCAAUCAUUAUCCCUGGAGGCGGCGGACCAGUAACAGAAAGCCCAUUGGAUCAAUUUGGAAUUCACCCAAUUCUGGAUCUGAAUAUUGGCAAGUACUAUGUCUCAUUCACAAAUCUAUCCUUGUCUAUGCUACUCACUCUCGGUUUGGUCCUACUUCUGGUUUUUGUUGUUACGAAAAAAGGAGGGGGAAAGUCAGUGCCAAAUGCAUUUCAAUCCUUGGUGGAGCUUAUUUAUGAUUUCGUGCCGAACCUGGUAAACGAACAAAUAGGUGGUCUUUCCGGAAAUGUGAAACACAAGUUUUUCCCUUGCAUCUCGGUCACUUUUACUUUUUCGUUAUUUCGUAAUCCCCAGGGUAUGAUACCCUUUAGCUUCACAGUGACAAGUCAUUUUCUCAUUACUUUGGCUCUUUCAUUUUCCAUUUUUAUAGGCAUUACGAUCGUUGGAUUUCAAAGACAUGGGCUUCAUUUUUUUAGCUUCUUAUUACCAGCGGGAGUCCCACUGCCAUUAGCACCUUUUUUAGUACUCCUUGAGCUAAUCUCUCAUUGUUUUCGUGCAUUAAGCUCAGGAAUACGUUUAUUUGCUAAUAUGAUGGCCGGUCAUAGUUCAGUAAAGAUUUUAAGUGGGUUUGCUUGGACUAUGCUAUUUCUGAAUAAUAUUUUCUAUUUCUUAGGAGAUCUUGGUCCCUUAUUUAUAGUUCUAGCAUUAACCGGUCUGGAAUUAGGUGUAGCUAUAUCACAAGCUCAUGUUUCUACGAUCUCAAUUUGUAUUUACUUGAAUGAUGCUACAAAUCUCCAUCAAAAUGAGUCAUUUCAUAAUUGCAUAAAAACGAGGAGCCAAUCAUAGAACUACAUAUGGUCUGAUACUACUAACUUCCUUGAAAAGUGGAAGAGUAGUUAUGUAGGCAGUUGCCGUUCCAGAAAUGUAGCGGUUGCUCGACCAAAGCCGGUCAUCAAAGAGUCAGUAAGUAGUAAUUCUAUCAAUUACCAAUUCGUGGAAUUCUCAUGUUCCAAUCAAUAAGUGUGUCUACUUAAAAGUAAGUUCAACUUGCUUGUGUUAAGCUUUGCUCGAACUUGAUUACUUCCUCGCUCUCCUUCACUCGGUCAAGGGAUUCACCUUUACCUCGUUCUGGUCUUCCAGCUUGAAAGACAAGGUCCUUAUUCAAAACUGGCUCCUUCGAGUUAGUCUUUAUUGUUUCAUAGAAAGGCUUCCUUCUACGACUGGAGUGAAAUCCUCUAUGCUGACAUAAGCGGAGAGGCAAGCAACAACCAUUAUAUUGAACCUGCCCUGAAGGCUUUGUUUGCCUAAGUGCAUAAGUCAAAGAAGGGUUUUCUUGCCGAAAGCAGUGUUCAGACCUCAAUCUGUAGCGGCGCACUUCCCUCUUAUGAUUGCUUUUCAAGGACAUCCGGAUAAGGGGACUGAGAGAGUAGAUAUGGGACUUUUCCUCAUAAAAGCCUAUAUAGGUGGGUGGUAUGAUAGUAAGUCUUUUCCUACUGAUGUGUUCAGUCGAUGGCUUGAUUCUCCUCCGGGCGUGAAUUGGAAGGGCCAAGGGUUUACAAUGAAACAAAUUGCGUAUAAUUUGCACGGCGAUACGAACAGUAUAGAAUUUCUGCACUCCUUAUAUGCAGACUUAGUUAGUCAAGGGAAGGGGUGCAUAGCCAAUACUUCCUUCUCAGAAGUGGCUACGAACCACGGUGUCGGGGGUUCGAAUCCACUUCUGAGCGGGCUGGCGGCUCCACCGGGAGCGAGCCUACUGAAGGAAAGUUUUAUUGUUGAACUUCUAUUUUUAUCCAAUAUUUAUCUUUUGUUUGGAAAAACCAAACCCACAUAUUGAUCUUUAAGUCUCCCUUUCUCUUUUGGGAGCAGAUCUUUCAAAGAUGGGAAAUUCCAAUGAUUCUUUCCGUUUUGUCGAGCCCUGCUUUGGUCUCUGGUUUGAUGGUUGUACGUGCUAAAAAUCCGGUACAUUCCGUUUUGUUUCCCAUCCUAGUCUUUUGCGACACUUCUGGUUUACUUAUUUUGUUAGGUCUCGACUUCUCCGCUAUGAUCUUCCCAGUAGUUCAUAUAGGAGCUAUUGCCGUUUCAUUCCUAUUCGUGGUUAUGAUGUUCAAUAUUCAAAUAGCGGAGAUUCACGAAGAAGUAUUGCGCUAUUUACCAGUGAGUGGUAUUAUUGGACUGAUCUUUUGGUGGGAAAUGUUCUUCAUUUUAGAUAAUGAAACCAUUCCAUUACUACCAACCCACAGAAAUACGACCUCUCUGAAAUAUACGGUUUAUGCCGGAAAGGUACGAAGUUGGACUAAUUUGGAAACAUUGGGCAAUUUACUUUAUACCUACUAUUCCGUCUGGUUUUUGGUUUCUAGUCUGAUUUUAUUAGUAGCUAUGAUUGGGGCUAUAGUACUUACUAUGCAUAGGACUACAAAGGUGAAAAGACAGGAUGUAUUCCGACGAAAUGCCUUGGAUUCUAGGAGGACUACUAUUCAUAUUCAGAACAGAAGGUUCUUCUCCCACAAAGGGGAUGACGCACCUGUCCCCCCCGCUGAUCCGGAAUCCAUUUAAUCUGAUUUGGCAGAGAGAAUAGAAAGGAUUUAUAGGCGGGCCGGGGAGGAGCAAUCUUUAGUAGAAGCCGGGACUACGCCAAGGGAACUUGUAGAUAACGUCCUGCCAGAGGGGGCGGAGCUACCGCUUCUACAAGAAACCUGGGUUCAGUUUGUACGGGACGAGUCACACAGCGAGUUUUGGGUAGAGAUCGAUUCGAUAAUCUGCUAAGGAAAUAUGGGCACGCGGCGCGCGGUGAGCCCGACACCCCCGAUCCCGAUGCUCGAGCCUGAUGCCCCUCAAUCAGGAGGAGGCGACUCAGCGGGGAGCACGGGGGAAGAAAAUUGUCCGGGGGCGGGGAAGGAAAGUAGGAACCUCCGAAGGCCCGCCCGAGUCAAGGAAGCGCAAAAGUUAUUCUGAUUCUGAUUCCGGGGGGGAUGAUGGGAGUGACCCUGCUCCGGAUCCUUCUCCUUUCUUUUGAUUUUGACUAAAAUGAGAGGUGGAGAAAUUGAGUUCUUUUGAGCAGCGUUGUCUGUAGUAGAGUAGCUUUUUUUUUUUUCUUUUACAGAAAGAAGGCGAGGCCCACCUGCCUUCUCUAGGUACUUUACUUGGAAAGGUGUCACCGCCUUCCUUCUUCUCUAGGUACUUUACUUGGAAAGGUAGGUGCGGGAAAGAAGAGCGGGUAUGUGGGCUUCUUUCAAUCGAAACUUUUUUGAAGCCGUCAAACUUUAUCGUUUCAUUAUAGAUGGAUCUAAAACAUUGCGUUGCAGAGUGGAGGCGUGAAGAAGGUUAAGAGAAGCAAGCCAAAGGAAAGAAAAAGCAACUUGAUACAAUAUUGAAGAUAAACACUCAGGAAAGCACUGGGUCAACUGACUCCACUAGCCAGCUUCUGCUUCAGAACUUACUUCAAAGAGGCUGACUUAGCACUUAGCAUAAUGCUUUUGUUCCGGUGCAUAAAAGUAAGUGAGCAGGUGGGUGAGUCCAAAGGUUUUUCCGAAGCGCGAAGGACUUGCAGUUCUAAAAUAGGAAGGGCUCUGUACUCAAAUCAAAGCAAAGUAGUAGUUUCAUAGGUCGUUGUGCUAGAGCUAAGAUUUAUAUGAAAGUGUGAGGGGAAGCCAUUUCCAGCUUCUACUUUCUGCGAACCGGGCUCAUUACCGGCCUACAGUAGCAUUCUACUGUGAGCUUUCUCACUGCGGAUCGCCUUGAUUCACUGAUCGUUGACAGCUACUCAGGAGAGGUUAUCCUUUGCCAGACUUUGUGUUGAGAUGAGUUCUCCGCUUCCCGAAAAGAUGAUUUUUGUCAAUCAGCGUAGAGUGGUGGAUUAUAAAGUGGUACAGUCCGAAUGGGUUGGUUCAAGCUAGCUGUUCUUACUGAACAGGUGUUUUAGCAUUCUUUUCGAAUUCGAAGUUGCGGGGUGCUUUGGCUUUUCAAAGUUCUCAAAGAGAAUAAAGUAAAGGCGCUACGCGUGGAUCGAAUUAAAGUAACGUAAGGUUUCGUAAGAAACAAUUGAAUAAGCGUAUCAAAGAGAAUGAGGUCUAGCACUCCGAAAUACCAUUGAGAAAGAGCAAUAGAACAAGGUUAGAAUAAGAUCUCCAAAAUGGUUGAUGACUCCCACAACUUGUCAGGCUGCAUUCCCGUGAAAUUGUUUUGGGACAAUUCCAGUUUUACUAUCUAUGCGGUAGCUCAGCCAAGUAAUCUGGUAUCUCACCAUUAAGACGGUUACCUAGCAAGUUCAGCUCUGUGAGGUUCUUGCAUCCUUUAAAUGAAUGUCUCUAGAAUACUCCCAGUCAGAUUGUUAUUGUGCAAUAUGAGUGACUGCAGAGAGUUGGCUUGACAUAUCUCGGCUGGGAUAGAAUAGAACCUGAGAGCUGGUUGGUUUCUGCAGAGAAACUAACAAGAUGCUGCAAUGGCAGCGCUGGCAGAGGCCCACGGAACAUGUUUUCUGCAAGAGAUAUGGAUCGAACACUCGCCCUGUUCCGUAUCCAAUCUGGAAUAUGACCCGUAAGUUUGUUCCCUUCAACGAAAAUUGUGGCAAUAGCUUCUAAAUCUGCAAGUUCUUCAGGGAUAGAGCCUGUGAAGGCAUUGAAGGGACGGACAGAUUUUUGAGCGUAAGCUUCUUGCAGUUACUAAGCUCUUUUGGUAUGCUCCCACUGAGCCCAGCACCUUUGCAAACAGCCGAGUUAGAUUGCCCAGCUCACCGACAGAUGUUGGCAGUUCAGCAUUGAAGUAGUUCUCUGAUAUAUAAAGUUCCUUCUUUUGAGACCACCAAUUGACCAAGGGAUGGUGCCUGUGAACUUGCAUCCGGGGAGUUGAAGAACUUUUAGCAGCUUCAGGUUACCAAUCUCUUCUGGAAUGCUUCCACUAAGACCAUUCUGUCUCUAAAUUAGCAAUUCCUUAUUUUCCAGUUGACCAAUCUCCCUAGGUAUUGGCCCCACCAAACUGUUUGAUGAGAGAUCAAGUGUCAACUGGUUCACCAACGCAGUUAUUCCCGGGAAUAUUUAUCCCGUGAGGUUAUUCUGGCUUGCAUCAAGGUGCUAGAGCCGAGACUGGUUACCAAAAGCAGCUGGUAUCGACCCGUUGAAUGUGUUCAUGUGAAGGUCCAGGAUAUCCUCGAGGAUGAAGGCCAGAUCACGCCCAAUUCGAUCCUUGAAAGACCCAUUGCACUACAGCGGCAGCUCGGGCUCGAGCAACGGCGGGAGAUAAGUCUUCUCUUCAUUCAGCAUUCAGUCUAUCUUCGGAAAGCAGCAAUAAUUGAUGCACGCAGACGAUGGUUAAAUGCUUUCUUGAUUUACUACUAAUAGGUGGUGUCUAGACGCUAGGAAAAAGUGAGGAUUAUAGCUUCUGCCCCAUAGACCAUUCGGAAAGGAGUCUGUCCCUUCGGUCUUAUAUGUUAGUAUAGGUUGGUUCUUCCGAAUGCACAUAAGACCACUGGUCACCCUCAAUCCUUAGCAUUGAACUUGACUGAUUUGGCUAAGAUCUGGGGAACUAGAGCAGUCCCCAGAGGGCACUACACAAGGCAGGAGAGGCAAUAGCGAAGCGAAGCCCUAGUUCAAUCGAGGAUGGAUUCAUUGAGUGGGCGAGGAAGAUGAUUGGUAUGGGAAGAUCGGUCUUUCACUAAUGGAGCAUCUCCACCCUAGCCUUGAAGUUGAACAUCCGGGGAUAUCUAAAUAUUGAACCAGUGAUUAAAAAGAAUGGCAAGACUGCGGUUGAAGUCCCAGCUGGAAAUCCAAAUUGCUCGAACACAAAAAAUCUAGACAAAGGAAAGAAACCUGGUUUGCAUAUUUUCGUAUAUGCCCAACUAAUCUAUCGCAUAGGAAGAUCGCCCCUGUAAGUUUAUUUCACACAUUAUGUUACUUUGUUUAUGGUGUGGAAAUAAAUAUCAAUAUUCUAACUUGCCGCUUUCUAUGGAUGCAUCCUCUACUCUAGUGCUUACCUGUCCUACUUUCUUUAAUUCAUUCCUAUUUCCUCUCCUGUACUUAUAUUUAUCUUGCCUGCGGCAGUUUUGUAAUCAAUUUCUACUAGGGAUAGGGAGCGUGAACUUUCUCUCAUCCAGUGAAUGAGUUACCUGAAGAUCGAUGGCAUAUAAAACGCCCUAAUUCAAUAUAAAAUCUGUUAUUUCACUUUCAAAAUGCCCCGUUCGCACUUGCUUGAGUGAGGCGCAAGCCGUUUUCUUGCUAGGCAAGAUAGGUCAACGGAUAGCUUGUUGGUUGAUACGGGACCCCUUCUCAACUUCAUGUGUUUUGUAACUGCCAUAAAGCAAGGCCAUAGUCCAACAUUCCAUCCUUUUCCACCGCUGUAUUGGCUUCUGCUUCUCUUCCUUUUGCCGAGGAAGAUCUGCUUCUCUUGCAUCCUCCAGUCUUAAAUUCCUAUCCGUACUAGACUAGACCUUCCCUUAGCCAUCAACCUACCGAACCCAGGAAUGAGAUCCACAAGGAAAGAGAUUGGCAGAAAUCCAGAAAGAAUGAUGCACAAGAAAUGGUUAGAACCUCGAGAAUAGAUGCGAAUAGCAGCUCAGAUCAGAUCCGAGAUGGAGCAGCAAUAAAGCAAAGAGGAGCAGAAAGGUUCGAAUCGAAUCGCAAGCAGCUGACUAGAGAGAGAUGAGUUGAGAAAUAAAGACUAUCCAAAUAUUGGAUAAGUUGUUUCGUAAUUCAUCUUUGUCAUUGACUUCGGCCUCUCAUUUAUCCUUAUUUGGUAGCUGAGAAGUGAAGCACAACAAAGUUUUAAUAGAUCUCUUCCUGUCAUUCAAUAACCAUCCUUUAUUUUUGCAGUAUAGAGAAGUGAUUAGCCGGUGCCCAGGAUAAGGUAGUGGAACUGGUGCGUAUCAGGUUUGGCAUUAGCUCUUUUGAAUAAUAGAGCUGAGCAGCUAAGAACAGAUAGCAAUCUGGAACAGCUCUGAAAUGCAAAUAAAAUGAUGAUUGGUCCUAGCUUAUGGGUUGCGAUAAGACAGUUUCGAAGGUUCUAGCCAUCUCAAGGAAGUAUAUAAGUAGCUAUCGGCACCUUUUGAAGAAGGAGGCUCGGUAGCAGAGAUGUUGAGUAAAGUCUAGAUGACACGAACCCUAGCAGAUCUGCUAUAGCAAAGUGGUAAGUUACCAGCGGUGUCGAUAGAAUAGAAGAGAAGCAUCAGAGCGAGCGUUAUAGAUCAGUCAGCAUUAGCGACAUCAAUUCUGCUACAGUUUUGUUAAAGAAAGGUGAAUACAUUCUAAAAAGUCUAAAACUCAUCUUAUUUCUUAAAGAGCAUAUAACAACAAACGAUUUCACUUACAAGGGGGUGCAGCUGCAGGAACUGGGUGCUGUGCCGCCCGCUGCCUACUUAAUGUUUCGCUUGCCUUCUACACUUCUGCAAUGGGAGUCACCACAUGAGAUGCUAUUUUUCACCUUUCGCUAUUAUUCGCUCUUGCGUGUCUUUGGAGCCCGAUCUUUCCCUUGCUUACGCCCCUAGAAACUCCGUGAAAAAACCACCUCGUUUUUCCAUAAAUAAAGGAUUCCUAAUAAAGUUUUUACAUAUCAUAUCCCAGCGGUAUUUUUUUAAUAAUUUUUGCAUAAAUAAAGUAUAAUUUCCACAAAAUAACACUUUUAGGCGCCCACUUGAAAUUCAACUUAACGUUGGACGUUGACCAGGCCCUCUCUAUUGCCAGAAUUGGGGACUGGCUCUUCUCCACAACUAGAAAACACAGAACUGCCAGAGGUUUGGUCAUAACCAGCACGCACCCUCGCCAAUUUCGUUCUAAGCUCAAUCCAAGAUUGUGAUCGGGUUGCCUUUCGAUAUAACUUGGUUCAAGCUUGGAUCCAGUGGAUAGAUACUUUAAACGAUGGUAGGAACGGGAGCUACCCUGGAUCACUUGAGGAAGUAAGAACGCAAGUCUCUCAGUUGAAAUUAGAUCGUUCCAGGAUAAUAGCUGAAGCGGCUGAGAACUCCCAAAGAGAAGAGAACCAGCUUAAGGAGCAGGUAUCCGGAGUAUCAGCAAGCUAUAAAUAGCUUUAGGAUUGUAUGAAUAGAGUUGAGGAUCAAGUAUCCCUCAUAUUUAGAUCCCCCGUUGGGAAAAGCCCCUUUUUUAAAUCCUUUCACGCUUUCCCUUUGCCGAAGGCCGGCCUCUUUAGUUCCUACGUUUUCGGAAAAGAAGGUGAGACGCUAGCUAGCAACGGGAAAAAACGAGUAGUUAAAGAUGUGAAUGUAAGACUACUCGAAAGUACUUCCAUUUUUAUUAUAUUAUAUAGUUUCUAAUAGAGAGUACAGUUGUAUCUAUGUGCGAAACGACGAAAGAAAGAUGGAAGGCCCAAAGAGCUCUACAGUAGUGCCCCGGAAUGGGGUCGUAGAGCCGGUAACCCACUCUGUUUAGUAUUUUGAUUUCGUUCAAGGUGUUGCUCUGUCAAAUAGAGAUUGUGUGGGUGUUCAGUCUACCACUCAUGUUCACGUUCUACAAAUCUAAGGGAGUGCUCCUAGACUGGACGACUUCCCGUAAAUAACCUAGUUCAUGUUCCUUUGAAAGAAAUAAAAUGAAAGCUUUUGAAGCGAAGAUGUCAACGCGGUGCUAGGUUUGCGCCGGCCACGAUUAUUUAUAAGUAUAUUGGAAAGAAGAGUGACUAGGCUACGGUCUAACUUUUUCUUCCUAGCGGAGUUCAAUACGAAAAUAAAGGCGCUCCGCGUUGGGAAUGGCGUACGUAGUACGGGUGGUAUUUCCGGUAUAACUGAUCAGGGUUGUUCUGAAAGCAAGUCAAUUGGUGCUUUGGAAAGUGAGUGCCAGAGGCUAGUCACUGCUUGGUUUACAGAAGGGAAGGAAGAAAGAGAUACCGAAGCAGAUUCAGUAUAGAAAAGAAGAAAUUGAUACCAUUCAUUCCAGCUUAUUUGAUACCCACUUAAAGUUUCUAUCAAACCAUGUCUUUUUCUUCGAACGUCAAUCUCGUAGGAAUUUAGAUUGGAAGUGUGGUAUUGAAGGGCGAAGCCUUUACUCUUUUACUUGUUUCUUUGAAUAUAAUAUAACAUAGUAUUGACUACGCACUUCGAAAGAUAAUGGUGUAUUCCGAGGAUCAGUCCGUUUUUUAUUGAAUUCGCAAAUUGAUAGAUCUGGAUGAUUAAAAGAAUGAUUCUUCCCUGGGUAUUUCCCCGCUACCAUUAUGGAAAUUGGAGCUUUUCAAUUCCAUUUUGGAGAUGCUCGUAACGAUUUUUUUCUUUUGGGUGGGCAAGAAAAGGAUUUGACUCUUGAAGAUAUCAACUCAUACGCCUGCUCCAUACAUUAAAAAACAUUUUGGGUACUUUCUAUUAGAAUGGAUAAAUAGAAAUGGGUACAUUCCUCUUUCUCUUUCCUGGCCAAACUACCAAAAAAAA